UGUGACAGCCUGCACCUACCAGAGGGGGGAGAGAUCAAGUGUGAGGGAGAGAGGCAGAAGGCGAGGCAGUGAGCAGCUGAGGAUCCCAGGGACCCGGUGCUGAUCCCACAGCUGAGCACGGACUGCAGGAGCUGCAGCUUCACCACUGAGCACACGGCAGAGAAGAGGGGGACCUUUAGGAAGUCGUGUGCAGGAGAGAAGGCUGGACGUGCUGCAGCCUCGUGGAGUUCCACAGAGAUUUCAGUAUCAUCUGUUUCACUAACAGAUUUCCUUGCAGAUUGCUAAUAUCUGUGACCAGGAGACCUCUUCAACUGCUAUGAAGAGUUCUGUGAUCUGAGGCAAUGAACCAACAGCUCCUGGGAGGAGCAGAAUCGAAUUAAAGCAGGAUCAGCUCAGAAGCUCGACCUCUAAGGAGGACCUGUAGUCUAUUUGUAUUGACCACAAGCAGCCAAGCAAAGCACCAUGACAACCCGUCCAGGAGUGAAAACUCUCCAGAAAUCUUCCAUCCGAGGAGUUCACAUUACCCAGUUUGUGGAUAAGAUUCCAAAAGGAUGCAGCACACCGGACUUUGAGCGGAAACCUGUCAGUCUAACGUUGCAGGAAGGUAAAAAUGCCAUAUUCAGAGCUGUGGUCAAGGGUGUCCCUGCCCCUGAGGUGAAAUGGAAACGUGCAAAAGGAGAAAUAAAUGAUCCUGCCAAAUAUCUGAUGUUCUACAGUCCAGCUACAAGCGAACACAUUCUGCAGAUAAAUAAAAUCACUGCAGGUGACUCUGAUUUGUACCGUUGCUUUGCUGUAAAUGAAUAUGGGGAAGCUUCAUGUUCUGCUGGCCUCAGGAUCAUACAAGUUGGCUUUAAGAGGAAAGCAAACUACGUUACUGGCCAUCCUGCUGAAGAAUUGAAAAAGAGUCUUCAGGACCUCAAGAAGACGCUGAAGAAGCGGGCUCCACUACCAAAACAAAAAGUACUGGACAAGGAUGCGGUCUUCCAACUGUUACUGCAUGCAGAUAAGAAAGAUUAUGAGAGAAUCUGUAUCAAGUAUGGAAUUUCUGACUUCCGUGGCAUGCUGAGAGCGCUGCAGGAUUUGAGGAAGGAUACGGAGAAUGAACAAGCAAAGUUAAUUCACAGUAUCAAAUACAUGGAACACAUUAAGGUCAACAAGGAUGGAAGUGCUUCGUUUACUGUGGAGAUGGACCUGAAAAGUGCUAGCAGCAACAUUUAUCUGCUUAAGGAUGGUGAGAAGGUCCGUUAUGGAACUGGGGAUGAAUACAGAAAGUAUUACCUUAGACAGAUUGGAAAGAGGUAUCAUUUUAUUGUCAACGAUGUGCAUCCAGAAGAUGCAGGCUUGUAUCAAGUCAAAGUGGAGGAUGUACCUAUUUUCUCAACUGAGCUGGACGCUGAAUCCAUCCCUGUGAGAUUUCAGAAGCCGCUCAGCGAUCUGCAUUGUCACGAGGACGAAGAUGUUGUGUUUGAUUGUGUCCUGCGCACUCCCUGCUUUGAUGCUGUGUGGUUGCAUAAAGCCCAUCCCCUCGAGGCAAGUGAGAAGCACCAGAUCUCUGUGAGCCCCGAUGGUCUGAACCACCAGCUUAUCAUCAAAAAUGCUGUGACCACUGACAGCGGCUUGUACACCCUCGACACUGGACUCUGCUCCUCCAGGGCUUGGCUUCUUGUAGAGCAUGUCAGAGAGGCAAAGAUACAGGAUGAGGAACAUGAAAAAUCUGACCAUCAGAAGGGAACGCCAGAUAAAGGCAGAGCCAAGAGGCUUAAACAUGGAGAGUAUGUUGGCGAUGAAGAUCAUCCUAUGGAUGCUGGCAUGAAAAGAGGGGGCUGGCACAGGAGUGACCACGGCGGCGGUCAAGGCUACUCCCCUGAUGCUGAUGGAGAAUUUAAACUUUUAGGAAAAGAAGGGCUGCACAAAAUUGGAGAUGAAAUCGUGGGGCCUGGGCAGUUUGCUAGAGAAGAGGACACUGGAUUAAAAUUUGGAGAAGACAAAGUUGGAUUGAGGCAUGUACAGAGUCAGGGUUCUAUGUCAGGCAGAGGAGAUACUGAUGAUGGAUUAGGAGGAGGAACUAAAUCUCAUUCUGUAGAUGGUAGACAUGAUAGCAUGUUAGGUGCAGCUGAUGUUGACAUGGGUGAUGCAGAAGGUGCGAACUCUUGGCAUGACAAGAAUACUAAACUAGGUGAUGCUAGUUCUGGAGCUGCCUUUGGUGGUAUGAAGAGUUUAGAUGCCACUGAUGGAAGUUCUGUGUCAGGUGGAAUCAAUCUUGGUUCAGCCAGAAUGGGAGGUGCGCAUUCUGUCUAUAGCAAGGAUGGUCUGCCUGCUGCAGUUGAUAUGAAUGCAGUCAGUAUAAACAGAGAAGGAGAAAUAGGGUCUCCCUACAGCAAAGGCAACCUGUUAGUUGAUGCUGGUGGUCAUGUAGGUCAGGCGGGAAUGUCUGGCUUGCUGUAUGGUGCAGGUGGUGUUCCAGCUGGAGAUGGGGGCAGGCCUGGUGCAGGUGGCAGCUUUGUAGGAGAAAUGGAGGUUUUAUACGGUCCAGAUGGUCUGCCAGUUGGGGCAGGUGUUGAUGCUAAAAGGGGGGAUCUGUAUGGUAAGCACGGUCAGUCAAGUGAACCUUAUGGAAAGGAUGGUUUACCAGCAGGAAUGGAAGCAGGGCUUGGUGGUGCUGGUUUGGAAGGUGCCGGCUCUAUGUAUGGAAAGGGUGCAGCUGGUGCAGCUGGUGCAGCUGGUGCAGCUGGUGCAGCUGGUGCAGCUGGUGCAGCUGGUGCAGCUGGUGCAGCUGGUGCAGCUGGUGCAGCUGGUGCAGCUGGUGCAGCUGGUGCAGCUGGUGCAGCUGGUGCAGCUGGUGCAGGGCAAUUUGGGCCGUUAUAUGGAAAAGAUGGACUCCCAGCUGGGGCUGUCAUUGGUGGCACUGGUGCAGGGGGAGUUGGGUCUCCAUUUGGGAAGGAUGGUCUCCCUGCUGGGGCUGGUGUUGGUGCUGCAGGUUUAGCUGGUGUUGGUGCUGCAGGUUUAGCUGGUGCAGGGGGAGUUGGGUCUCCAUUUGGGAAGGAUGGUCUCCCUGCUGGGGCUGGUGUUGGUGCUGCAGGUUUAGCUGGUGUUGGUGCUGCAGGUUUAGCUGGUGUAGGGGGAGUUGGGUUUCCAUAUGGGAAGGAUGGUCUCCCAGCUGGAGCUGGGGCUGGUGCUGCAGGUUUGGCUGGUGCAGGUGGAGUUGGGAUUCCAUUUGGGAAGGAUGGUCUCCCAGCUGGAGCUGGUGUUGGUGCUGCAGGUUUGGCUGGUGCAGGUGGAGUUGGGAUUCCAUUUGGGAAGGAUGGUCUCCCAGCUGGAGCUGGUGUUGGUGCUGCAGGUUUAGCUGGUGCAGGGGGAGUUGGGAUUCCAUUUGGGAAGGAUGGUCUCCCAGCUGGGGCUGGUGUUGAUGGUGCAGGUUUAGCUGGUGUUGGUGGUGCAGGUUUAUCUGGUGUUGGUGCUGCAGAUUUAGCUGGUACCGGGGGAGUUGGGUCUCCAUUUGGGAAGGAUGGUCUCCCUGCUGGGGCUGGUGUUGGUGCUGCAAGUUUAGCUGGUGUUGGUGCUGCAGGUUUAGCUGGUGCAGGGGCAGCUGGGUCUCCAUAUGGGAAGGAUGGUCUCCCAGUUGGAGCUGGGGCUGGUAUUGGUGCUGCAGGUUUAGCUGGUGUUGGCGGUGCAGGUUUAGCUGGUGCAGGGGCAGCUGGGUCUCCAUAUGGGAAGGAUGGUCUCCCAGCUGGAGCUGGAGCUGGUGUUGGUGGUGCAGGUUUAGCUGGUGUAGGGGGAGUUGGGUUUCCAUAUGGGAAGGAUGGUCUCCCAGCUGGAGCUGGGGCUGGUGCUGCAGGUUUGGCUGGUGCAGGUGGAGUUGGGAUUCCAUUUGGGAAGGAUGGUCUCCCAGCUGGAGCUGGUGUUGGUGCUGCAGGUUUGGCUGGUGCAGGUGGAGUUGGGAUUCCAUUUGGGAAGGAUGGUCUCCCAGCUGGAGCUGGUGUUGGUGCUGCAGGUUUAGCUGGUGCAGGGGGAGUUGGGAUUCCAUUUGGGAAGGAUGGUCUCCCAGCUGGGGCUGGUGUUGAUGGUGCAGGUUUAGCUGGUGCAGGGGCAGCUGGGUCUCCAUAUGGGAAGGAUGGUCUCCCAGUUGGAGCUGGGGCUGGUGUUGGUGCUGCAGGUUUAGCUGGUGUUGGUGCUGCAGGUUUAACUGGUGCAGGUGGAGUUGGGAUUCCAUUUGGGAAGGAUGGUCUCCCAGCUGGAGCUGGGGAUGGUAUUGGUGCAGGUUUAGCUGGUGUAGGGGCUGUUGGGUCUCCAUAUUUAACAGAUGGUCUCCUGGCUGGGGCUGGUGUUGGUGCUGCAGGUUUAGCUGGUGCAGGUGGAGUUGGAUCUCCUUUUGGGAAGGAUGGUCUCCCAGCUGGGGCUGGAGCUGGGGCUGGUGUUGAUGGUGCAGGUUUAGCUGGUGCAGGGGGAGUUGGGUCUCCAUUUGGGAAGGAUGGUCUCCCAGCUGGAGCUGGGGCUGGUAUUGGUGCAGGUUUAGCUGGUGUUGGUGCUGCAGGUUUAGCUGGUGCCGGGGGUGUUGGGUCUCCAUAUGGGAAGGAUGGUCUCCCAGCUGGGGCUGGUGUUGGUGUAGCAGGUUUAGCUGGUGCAGGGGCAGCUGGGUCUCCAUAUGGGAAGGAUGGUCUCCCAGCUGGGGCUGGUGGUAGUAUAGCUGGUGUAAGGGACGCUGGCUCUUCCUAUGGAAAAGAUGGUCUCUCAGCAGCAGCUGGGUCAGGAGCCACUCAUUUUCCUUCAGGAGGCGAAGAAGUGGUGGGAUCUCACCAUGGUCGGGAUGCUAUGCUGGGCAGAGCUCAAGGGUCUCUGGGUGGAGCAGGAGGAGCUGCCUUAUCCUCAGUAGGUGGGGGUGUUGGUGGCUCUGCCAUACGAGGUGCUGGAUCUGCACAUGGGUCAGCUGGAUCCAGGGCUGGGGAAAGCGGUGCUAGCAGACUGGGAGGCGAUGGGAGUGAGUUGUACUCAGUCCAUGGUAAAGAAGGUAUGGUUGGUGCUGUUGGAAAGGCUGGUGAGUAUGGGCUGGACUCACGUGCUGGCAAAUCUCCAUAUGGUGAAGCUGGGAAGGGGACUGCCAGUGAUUUGAGAGGAUCAGAGCACAAAGGUUCAUCCCACGACAGAGAAUCACUUUCCGGUCAAGGUGAUGCUAGGGCUGAGGCCAGGGAUUUAGGACAGUCAGGCUCUCCUUAUGACAGGGAUUCCUCCUUUGGAGGUGCAGAGGGCAAAUUCCACGAUAAAUUGUUUAGUGGGUGGAAGCCAGGUAUUCUCAGUCAAAGUUCACAGGGUUCUGAUCAGAUGUCAGCCCUUCAUGGUGGUCCUUCAGUAAGCCAGAGAAAACAGGGACCUAGCCUUGAUAUUAAAGCAGGUGAUUUCUUGAAGAGUACAGAAAGUACAGAAAACAGAAGACGUCGUCACCUGGAUGAUCUGAAAGCUCCACGCUCUCGUGUCAACAAGCAGUUAGCUGAUGUCAGAGUCCUGAAAGGGGAACCAACUGAGCUGUCGUGUGCUGUCAAUAGACACGACUUAACAGGAACCUGGUUUAAGGAUGGGUUAAAGUUAACAAGCAUGGAAGGAGUCACUUUGGAGAAGGAAGGUCUAGUCCACAAACUCAUUAUUAGCAAAGUAGAAGACAUUCAUGCUGGGAAGUAUAGGUUUGAAGCUGGAGAUAUAAAAACUGAAGCUUCAAUUUUUGUUGAAGAUCCUCCACAGGUGAACGAAAUUCUCCUAAAAAACUUAAUGAGCGUUCCUACUGUGGCCAAGGCAGGGGAGAAAGUUGUGAUCAAGAUCCCUUUUGAGGGCCGGCUUCCAGUCAGAGCAAUGUGGCUAAAGGACAAAAUAGAACUGGGAGAUGACUCAAGGAUUCGUGUUGAUAAAACAGACACCUUCACCAUGCUGUCCAUCUCCAAUGCAGAGAGAAAGGACUGUGGGGAUUACAAAGUCAGGCUGAAGAAUGACAGUGGAAUCCUGGAUAUUGACCUAAAGGUUGAGGUAAUAGACAAGCCACAGCGACCUGCAGGACCCCUGAAAAUUGUAGAAAGCUCUGCCAAUGAUGUCACCAUUCAGUGGAAUCCCCCGAAAGAUGAUGGGGGCAAACCAGUACAAAACUAUAUUAUUGAGAAACAGCAGGUGGGCAAGAGUGACUGGGUGACUCUGGGAGAAACCCCCAGGAGCUGCACCACGUUCACUACCAGCAAAGUGGAACAGGACAUGAGUUACUACUUCAGAGUGAGAGCUGUGAAUGCAGAGGGAAGCAGCGAUGCACUGGAAUCAAAUGAGGUGGUGACAAUCAGUAAAGCUACACCUGGUGCCCCAGAUCCUCCCGAGAUCGUUGGUGUCAGCAAAGACACCAUCACAAUAUCCUGGAAAGCACCUCGGAAAUCUGGGAGCUCCCGAAUUUCGGGGUACAUCGUUCAGAAACGCAAGAUGGGCAGCGUGACCUGGGUGCCAGUCAACAGCGUGCCCAUAGCAGACAAGAAGCUGAAAGUAACUGAUCUCAAGAAGGGUCUGCAAUAUGAAUUUUGUGUGGCAGCUGUCAAUGCUUCUGGUAUGGGAGAUAUCAGUGCACCAUCACAAGCUGCCUUUGCUCGGGACUCCACAAAACCUCCAGGUAAAGUGAGGGACCUUAAGAUGGCCAUCAGUGACAGCAGCAGUGUCACCUUGACCUGGAACGUACCUGAAGCAGAAGAGGGAAGUGGUGCGAAAGGCUACGACGUGGAGAUGCGGUCUGCCAACAGCCUCAGCUGGACCAAAUGCAACAUUUUUCCUAUAGAAACGACCACUUACAAAAUUAAAGGCCUGCAAACCAAGGAGACGUACUUCCUACGUGUGAGAGCCAUCAAUGACUGUGGCCCAGGAGAAGCCACAGAGCUUGAAGCUUUCACUGAAGUCGUUCGUCCCGUUGUUUUUCCCAGGUUCAUAAUAGACAAAACAGUGAAAAAUUUCCUGCUUAUAAAAGCAGGAAAUGCCAUUCGAGUGAAUAUUCCUUUUGAGGCACCUCCAGAUUCUGUGUUGACCUGGUUAAAGGAUGGAGCUUCUCUUCCAAGCCGUGCUAAAAUAAGCACCCAGGAUGGUACCUCCCAGCUGCUGAUUAAAGCAGCUGAGUUCACUGACAGUGGCAUCUAUACUGUCGAGCUCACGAGUGGGACAGGGAAAAGAGAAACAUUCAGCUUCCGAGUUCAAGUUACGGAUAUCCCACAACCACCUGGACCUAUUGAACUGAGAGAGAAUGUGCCAAAUAUAGUGACAGUAACCUGGGAGCCAUCAACAUCUGAGAAAUGGGAAAGCAAUCUCUACUACACAGUCAUGAAACGCGAAUCACAGAAGGGCAUGUGGCACGUGGUGGGUGACCUGAUCUACACCAACAAGUUCACGUACACCAGUGUGAUCCCAGGCAGGGAUUACUACUUCAGGGUGGUGGCAAAAAAUUACUUGGGAUCCAGUCGUCCAUCCGACACUGCGCAGCCUUGGAGAAUUCGAAAACAAAAGGCUGACGUUCAAGUCAGACCACAGAGGUACAAGGGAGUAAAUCAGAACCAGCCUCCACGAUUCCUCGUCCCCCUGAAGCCUCACGUGGUGAUCGCUGGCACCGAGUGCCGCAUGAGCUGUGCGGUUGGAGGCCACCCACCCCCCAAAAUCACGUGGUACAAAGAUGGCAGAGACCUCUCCAACAAUCCUUGCUACUUUGGCACAAACAACUUUGGUGUCUGCUCCCUGGUGAUCUUCGGUGCUUCCAAGGCUGAUGAAGGUGACUACAUGGUUGAAGCCACCAAUGAUUUGGGCCAUGCUUUCAGCAAAGCCUCCCUCAUUGUUAAAGACUCCUGCCUGUGACAGGACCUUCCUGAAACCUCCUCUGCACUCCAGUGUGAACAAGGUUUUCUCUGAGCACUGGCCCUGCACAAAGGCUACGUGUCUGUUUUCAGAUGUGCAAUAUAGUCUGAGUGCUUUUUCAGAUCCAGUAGUUGCAUUUUGAACAGGAUGCUGCAUCGUAGUCAAAACGGUGGGGAAAAGCUUUGGGAAUUGUGUGAUCCUGAUUUUCUUCUACGACCUUUAAAAUACAAAUGAGAAGCUUCCGAAACUCAGAAGAUGAGAGGGAAAAACAAUUGGCCAAAAUGAGACUUUGCGUGGAGAAGACAGGUGUGAGACCAUCUCACCUCUCACUGCUGGGGCUGCUGGCUUUAUCUGUGUAAGAGCAAUUCUCAGACAGGGCAACAUGAGCCUGUGCUACUGGCAGUGAAAGUGGGUGGACAAGAAUGAAUGGAAAUCUAGACCCAGUUGUAUCUGCGUGAGCAGAUCAGCUACAAAAAAGGAUGUGGCAGUGCUGAGCUGCCACGUUCACGUCACCUUUGAAACGUAGCUGUCCCUGCCUCGUGGCAUCCCUAGAGUAUUACUGCUUAAUGCUAAAAGAGGUUAAAAAUCUUUCAUGUUUGACCAGAAGUACGAAGUACAACCAAAGGUCCUCUGCUAUGGCUGGAGGAUUCCAUCACUGAAUGGAGAAUGAGACUGGAAAGCCAAAACGUGCUGGUGACCACACAGUGCCUUGGAGCUUUGGCACCACGACAGUUUCUGUGACAGCAUCUCAGAGAAUAGGAGAGUCUUAAAGCCACUGGGUCCUCAGACAGCCAGUGCAACAUUUAUAUGGGGCUGAAAUGUUUUUUGGUUAUAUUUUGUACAAUGUUGUACAGAUGUAGGAACAGCAGAUCGUUACAUUAAACAGUUGUUCAGUAAAAUUACAGUGUUUCAGUGUAAAA